UUUCGCUGGUCCCGCCAUGUCUUCAACGCAAACAGUAACACAUGGGAAACUUCAAAACUCAAGGACUCAUGACUACCUUUAUGAUCCGUUGUACACAUUGUCAAGUGAUAGGGACCAUGCAAGAUCUACAUUUAAGGCCCACACGGGAACUGAUAGAAUUAAACGUGUUCCACACUUCAAGACAAUGUUUAGUGACUUGCGUCACUAUCCCAGAUAUGGUAUUCACCUGGAGGUGACAGACCCAGUACCCAAGUUCAUACCUCGACAAUGGAGGGGAUAUGCUGAGCAAGACAGGGAUGCUCUCAUCAGAUAUACCACGUAAAUAAACUCUAUUUAAAGAUUCACCACUGACAAUACAAGUAAUUUGUUAGAAAUAAUUCAGGGACUAAAAGAUGAAUCAUUUGGGCCAAUUUGUAUUACUUAAUGUUGAAAAAUGAAAUGUAAAAAUGAUGGUCCUGGCUAUAACAUGUGAAUGUGAACUUUCAAUAACAUGUGAACUCUGAAGUUCACAAUGUUACUUAUGAAUAUGGCCAGAGUGUCAAUCAUAAUAAGGAUGACAACUACUGGUAACAAACACUCAAAUAAAGAAACAAACAAAAUAGAUCAAAAUCUACCAAUCACAACCCACAAACGUGACCUUUUGAAACUGUUGAAGUAAACUUCUGUUUCCUAAGAUGUCUGCUAAAGUGUUUUGUGGUAGCAAAACACAAAGCCAUCGAUUGAGCAGAGUUCACAUGUUAUUGAAAGCUGCAGUAAUGCAUGUGAUAAAAUGCUCAAUAAUCCAGUUGAUAGCUUAGUUUUGUCAAGUUGUCACUGUAUAGUAUGUUAUAC